AUGAGGGGUCUUUCAUGUUGGUCUGGACUGGCUGUGAAUAUCCAUAUAGUCGUUUUUUUGGUUGAACGUUGGUUCUUAACUCGAUUUUUAAUAUCUGAUAGUUACCAGUCGCUGUGUGAAGAAUUCGAUUCUUUGCAAUCAGGUAUUAAUGAAAGUCAGACAUCAACUCAUAGAUGCAAUACUUCCACAUUCAUAAAGUAUCCAACAAGCAUGAAUACGUCACAAACGUUAAAAGUGAAUGCGCAACCUGUUAGGCGUCAGGAUGGCAAAGUUUACAUUGCUUGUGAGGGUCCUAACUUAUUAACCGUUUACGACUUUUGGACUCUAGUAUGGCAGGAAAGGAUCAAGACAAUAAUAUCUCUGAACUUUCCUUAUGAGGAACGUCUCCAUCCGCAACUGUACACUGAAUGUCAGGAAACGAUACAGUAUUGGCCGGUUGUCCAAGAUGAGAUCUACCAUUUUAUGCCUUUCAAAAUAACUUGUAUAAGCACAUCAUUGAUGGCUAAUUCUGAAAAUCCGGCGAGCAAUGAUGAGGACUGUAUUUACCGACAGACUCAACUACGAAUUAGAAACUGCAAUCCAUUAUAUCCUGAGAAGGAUAGAAUCCUUACGCACUUUUGCUAUUUACGAUGGCCUGAUGGACGUUUACCACUGAAAUGCGGAAAACAAACCACUUUAGCCGAAGCAGCUGAUUUAUUAUUGCAAAUAUUACACAAGGUUACCGAUCAGAAAGUUUUAGUACACUGUCAUGCAGGUAUCGGUCGUACAGGUGUGUUAGUAGCAAUGGAUUUCGCCAUGCAUGAACUAAAAAAAUCUCAGUUUGUAAAUAUUCAGACUCUAAUCCAAAAAAUUCGACAGCAGAGACCACGUUUAGUCAUGAAUCGUUGGCAAUAUGCUUUUAUAAAUGCUGUUGUAGCUGAACAAGCUUAUAAUUUGGGAUAUUUAAAAGACAGAAUCGGCGGGCAUAUCACGCGGCAGUUAAUUAACAAACUUUGGAUAAACCUUGAAAAUGAUAUGAAUCGUUACUUUUGA